UCAAAUUUGGGCACCCACUUCCCCCAAAGGACCCAUUUUUGAAAUGCCUAUUUUGCAGAAGAGAGUGGGGAGGUUUAGCGCUCUAGAUUUGCCAGAAGAAGAAGCAGUAACGUAGUAGACUAGAGUGCCAAGUGGGUGGAGGCAAAUAUGGAAGUCUUGGAAGGCAUUACAUUACAUCACUGCCUGUGGUUUUAACACCACCUUUGUUCCUCAUCCUCACUCCUUUUCAUGCUUAACGCACGUUUGUGGUGCCCUUCUCCCUAAAAAAAAAACCAAACCGCAUUGGUUGUGCUUCUUAGGUUUCUGGUCUAGCUUAGACUCGACGCCCUUUCUUUAAUGUUGUUUGUCUUUCUCUGUGGCCCCUCUCUCUCUCUCUCUCCGCGAGUGAAAUGUGAGUGUGUUUUGUGUUUAUAAGCUGCAAAUGAGCUGAUCAUUUUCAUAUGAUCACUAGAAGGGAAUCUGUUUCUGGGGUUGGUGUGGUUUUCUUUUUGCCUGCAUGUCUUUUUUUCUUUCUCAAAUGGGUCUUGUUUCUUUGAGACUCAUGUUCUAGAUUGCUCAAAUGGGUUUGUGUUGGUUUUGGGUUGAAUUGUUUGUGAAAAGGGUCUGAUGUGUUGUUUUUGAAUUUUGAUGUUUUUGGGUGGGUUUCCUUGUGUGGGAGAUUGUUGUGCAUUUUCAUUUUUGUUGAAUUGGUGAGUCUGUGUUGAAGGGGAUUGAAAAGAUAGGUUCUUUUGGUGAAUGAGGGUGUUUUGAACUUGUGGGGGGUUUGAUUUAGGGUUUUGAAAACAUGGGAGUUGGCCCUGAGGCUUUGCGGGUUGGGAUUUGGAACAAGGGAAAAUCAAAGGGGAAGCAAAAGGUUGAGGAGGAAGAUGAAAUCAGAGGUUGUUGGAUGAAGUUUAGGUUCAUGGGGAGCUGCAUGUCUUCAAAGAGCAAAGUGGAUAGUUCUACGAGUGGAAAUAGCACACAAUAUGAAGAUAGCAAGUCUACAGUUGACACAAUCCAAGACCAAGCAGUAGCUCCAGGUGCUUUGUCUUCAGCCACUAGUAACACAGAAAGUACUUUGUCCACUCCCAAAGCACCUGAGGAACUGAAAGUUGCUUCUCAGCUUCAAAGAUUCACCUUCAAUGAGCUUAAGUCAGCAACAAAGAAUUUUAGACCUGAGAGUCUUUUGGGAGAGGGCGGUUUUGGCUGUGUAUUCAAAGGCUGGAUCAAUGAGACUGGAACUGCUCCAGCAAAACCUGGUUUUGGGAUUCCAGUGGCUGUAAAGACUCUGAACCAUGAUGGCCUUCAGGGUCACAAAGAAUGGAUGGCUGAAGUUAUUUAUCUUGGUGAACUACUUCAUCCUAAUUUAGUCAAAUUAGUUGGAUAUGGCAUCGAGGAUGAUCAAAGAUUACUUGUGUAUGAGUUUAUGCCUCGAGGGAGCUUGGAGAAUCACCUCUUUAGAAGGUCCUUGCCUCUUCCUUGGUCCAUCAGAAUGAAAAUAGCUCUUGAUGCUGCAAAGGGUCUUGCAUAUCUUCACGAGGAAUCUGAAAGACCAGUGAUUUUUCGAGAUUUUAAAACAUCUAACAUAUUAUUGGAUGCGGACUACAAUGCUAAGCUUUCUGAUUUUGGGCUUGCUAAAGAUGGUCCAGAGGGAGAUAAAACUCAUGUCUCCACCCGAGUGAUGGGCACUUACGGUUAUGCUGCCCCCGAGUAUGUUAUGACAGGUCACCUUACUUCAAAAAGUGAUGUAUAUAGCUUUGGGGUGGUUCUGCUUGAAAUUCUGAUUGGACGAAGAUCUAUGGACAAAAACCGACCCCAUGGGGAGCAGAACUUGGUGGAGUGGGUUCGCCCUCAUCUUGGAGAUAGGCGAAGAUACUACCGACUACUAGAUCCUCGACUUGAAGGUCGCUUCUCCAUCAAAGGUGCCCAAAAGGCAUUUCAGUUGGCUGCCCACUGUCUCAGUCGCGACCCAAAGGCUAGACCUCUUAUGAGUGAAGUUGUUGAAGUGUUGAAGCCUCUGCUCAACCUCAAGGACCUAGCCACUUCAUCUCACCUCCAAAUCAUGCCCGCAGAGCGUCCUGGUUCCAAUCUCAAUUCUAGAAAUGGCCUUGGAGUGCCGGGUGGGUUUCCAAGGAAUGGACAGCCAUCUAGAAGCCGCUCUUUACCAACUGGUCCCAAUGUCUCACCAUAUCACCUUGACCAUCCUCACCGAUCUCCCAAACCAUCUACUCCCAACUACCCCAAAUCGACACCAAAAUCACUCAAACCUGCUGCUGCUUGAUUGUAAGACUGAGCCAGAUGUAGAAGCGGUGUUGGAGUGGUGUGUUCUUUGGAGGGGCGAUACUAUGAGCUAGGUUAUGCCUUUCGCCAUGCAGUUACAGCUGGACUUUAGGAAUCCAUACACAGCAUAGCAUAGAAUAUUAACAAAGAAAUAUCUACAGACUACAGCUUUCUUUUUGAUGUCAUUGUCCUUUUAAUCAAAAUCACAGAGAAGAACCUUGUAGCUGCAUGUUGUAAUGUAAAGGUGAUGGUCUUAUACGUUUUCUUUUGUCGGUUCCUAUCUUUGUAGAUAGUUUGCGAUC